CAAUAUCUGGAAAGCUCAUAAGAUGAGGAAUAUUAUGGCACACUGAUGAUCAAAUAAAGUGCUCGGGCCAGAGUCAGUUUUAUAUCACCAACCUUUCGCGCUGGUACCAACAUAUAUUUCGCUACUAUCCUCGGACAAAAACAAGAAUGCGAUUCGGCCUCUGAACCGUCAGUUUCCUGGGCAGCCAUACAUCUCAUGAUACCGAACCUUAUAAUACAAUAGAUAUCGGUACAAUGGCCACAGAGAGCCCAAGAGAGCGUCUCAGCUCGACUCCGGCGUCAAAAGAUGCCAAAAGCGAGCGAUAUCCCGGCAAACGGCCACCGAAGAACAUGAACCCACUUCAAAAGGGAAUCCAUGACUAUCUGACAACACAUAUAUCCCCCUCUGUACUUUCAGACUAUAGCAUAUCCCCAGAGAUAUUGUUGCCCACGCUUCCUAAACGGUAUACGAUCUACGAGCCCAUGCUGCUCUUGCCAGUCAAUGCGCUCAGCACCCCUCCAGCUUGGAGUGCACUCUACCAAUCUCUCAGCCACGAGGAGAGGCAGCUUCUCUACGCAUCUAUAGCGAAGGCAUUCAGUCGUUUUGGCGUUACACAUAUUGCCAUCAAUGCGCCCAUUGCAUUGACAGACGUGCAAGGGCACGAGAACAAGAUGAGAAGUCCCGUGGGACUGGUCCCUCUGUAUGGUGACUUCGGGCCCCUUUUAUCAGGGAACGACGAGACCGGACAGCCCGGGGAGGACGACCUGCGGCGCGCAUUCUGGGUACGAACCGUACAGAACCAUGGGAUCGUUCAGAUCUGGGCCCCGCUCUACACUAUGUUCUCGCGCGGGAAUAUUACUGAGAAAGCUCGUAUCUUGGGCCAUGGGGCAAUGUUCGAGGGACUCGAUGCGGUCUCGCUGAGAGAGGAUGCAACUGAAGAUAUAAGUGUGGUGGACAUGUAUGCGGGCAUCGGCUACUUUGUUUUCUCGUAUCUGAAACGAGGAGUCAAGCGGGUGUGGGGAUGGGAGAUCAAUGGUUGGUCGGUGGAGGGUUUGCGAAGAGGCUGCGUCGAGAAUGGAUGGGGAUGCAAGGUCGUGCGAGUCCAUGAUGAUGGCAGUUUGAGCGAACCCAUCCCCGAACUGAUUGGGAAUCUUCGGGACUCGGACAAAGUGGUCAUCUUUCAUGGUGACAACAAGUUUGCAGCUGAUAUCCUGAGGGAAAUCAGAGAUGCCUUGAGUGUUCGGCAGUCUUGGAGCAGCAUUCGACAUGUUAAUCUCGGUCUCCUUCCGUCAUCCUCUGCCGCUUGGGGUAAUGCUUGCAAGAUGAUCGACUUGCAGAAAGGUGGCUGGGUCCAUGUGCACGAGAAUGUGGAUAUCCAUCAAAUUGAAGAGAAAAGGGAAGAAAUUGCCAAGGAGCUGGGGGUAUUGCGAGCGCAAGUACUCAAUGGCGCCGAGACAGCUGUGGAAUGUCGGCACGUCGAACAAGUUAAGACCUAUGCGCCGGGUGUCAUGCAUUGUGUCUUCGACAUGCGAUUGCCAUCCUCCGAGUCUAAUCUGCACAGAUCAGUAUGA